AUGGACUUGGAGUUUCAGCGGGUGCUGUUAAAAGUGCAGGAGUCUCUCACUGGCGAUGAGGUGCAGGACCUGGUGUUCCUCUGCUGUGAUCUGCUGAGUCUGAAAGACCUCAGCACCGUGAGCUCAGCCGGACAGUUGUUCAGUCUUCUGGAGAAGAGGAACCAGUUGUCACGUGAGGAUCCGUCUCUGCUUCUUGAUCUCCUCAGGAUCAUGAAACGAAACAGCCUGAUCCGCGAUCUGACCUCAGAUGAUUAUAAGCAAACCAACGGCACAACCUACAGUCAACAAAUAUCCCCGUACAGACAGUUGUUGUACGAGCUGUCAGAGUCCAUCUGUGAGCAGGACCUGAAAAACAUCAAAUUCCUACUGUUGAAAACACUAUCGCGCAAAAAACUGGAGAAGGACACGACGUUGUUGCAGUUGUUUUUGGACAUGGAGAAGGAAGACCUUUUGGGUGAACAUAAUUUGGACGUUCUGCAGAAAAUUAUAGCAGAUAUCAAUCCCAGUUUAGAAAAAAGAAUGAUUAAAUACAAAACGGAGCGUUAUGAGCCAGGUGGGAUGGUUAUUGCUCAGGAGAUCGGGAAGAUUACUCCUGCUUCAGUAUAACUUAAUUCCCUUAAUUUGCAUUAAUGCACAUAUUUAUGUGGAUGUUUUACUCACCCCCAUGUCAUAUUUCUUCUCUGGAACACAAAAAAUGAUUAUGCUGGAGGGGAAGAUUUCCAGAUUUUCAUUGAAAUCUUUAUCUACACUACUGCUCAAAAGUUUUUUGUAUUUUCUUAAUGUGC